CAGCCUCGAUGGUUUGUUUUAGACAAUGGCAUAUUGUCAUACUAUGAUUCACAGGAUGAUGUUUGCAAAGGCAGCAAAGGAAGUAUAAAGAUGGCUGUUUGUGAAAUUAAAGUUCAUGCAACAGACAACACAAGAAUGGAGCUAAUCAUCCCAGGGGAGCAGCAUUUCUAUAUGAAAGCGGUUAAUGCAGCUGAAAGGCAGAGAUGGCUGGUAGCUCUGGGGAGUGCAAAAGCCUGUUUGGCAGAUACCAGAACAAAAAAAGAAAAAGAAAUAAGUGAGACCAAUGAAUCUCUUAAAACCAAAAUGUCUGAACUGCGUCUCUACUGUGAUCUUUUAAUGCAGCAAGUUCAUACAAUACAAGAAUUUGUUCAUCAUAAUGAGACUCAAUCUCCUCCCAGCAUUGAGAAUAUGAAUGAAGCCUCUUCCUUGCUUAGUGCCACGUGUAAUACAUUCAUCACAACACUUGAAGAAUGUGUGAAGAUUGCUAAUGCCAAGUUUAAGCCAGAAAUGUUUCAGCUGCCUCACCCCGAUCCCUUAGUUUCUCCUGUGUCACCAUCACCUGUUCAAAUGAUGAAGCGUUCUGUUAGUCACCCUGGCACUUGCUAUUUAGAAAGGAAUAGCCACGCUGUAAAGGAGCCAGUUUCAUCUCUUCACCGAUUAUCACAGCGACGCAGAAGAACAUACUCUGAUACAGAAUCAUACAGUGACACUCCUCUUGAAGACUCUCAGAGGUCUGCUCACUGUUCUAGAAGUGCUGUCAAUGGAGAUUUGGUAUCAUCAACCAUUCCUGAAGAAAAUAAAUCAGUGUCUAAGGAAAGAUCUGAAUUGGAAGAGACUCUUCCAUCCUUUUCUUCCUGAAGAAACUGAACGUGUUCAAUUUUCUAUAAGUAAUGCUAUGCAAAGGCUGCUGUAAUUAUACAGUUGAUAUAGAAAGUAGUCAUUUCCCUUUCUAGAAGGACUUCUCUGCACUUUAUAGAAUAACAAAACUAUCUUUGAAGUGUAUUUUAUCUUUAUAUAGUUUAUUUGCAAGAGUAUUUUCCUAAUAUUUCACAGUUUGAAUGUGCAUUUUUGGAAAAACAUAACGGUUUAACAGAUAAGUACAUAUGUUUGUAAAUGUAGCUCUUUUUAAAAAGUGUGAAGGUYUAAUUGAUACAUUAGUAAACCUGCAAAAUGCAAACUUCAGCAAAAGGWUUUUUUUUUCAAAUUGUUGCAGAAAAUGUAACUUGUGCCAUGGGCCUGUUGGUCGUUUGUACRAUCUCUAGAGCCUGGUCAUUCAGUCCUCCUGUAGCUGCGAUGCACUUGCACUGGCUUUUUUGCCUGGGCAAGGGCUGUGGGAUUAGGUAUUAAUGGGUUUACUUUAGCAGCUUGAUGGUAAUUAACAUUGCCUUCUUUAAAACACAAGGAUAUACAUAAUCUGGUCCUUAUUUUUAGCCAAUGAAAGUAGAAAUAUUUAGUGUAUUUUUCUAAACAAAUGUAUAAAAAUAACUUAAUAUAAAGCAUUUGUACCAAACAUUGGAUAUUUAACAAUUUUUAUUUAUUCUUUUUUUGCAUCAAAAAUUUCUACCUACUUUCACUGUUCAAGAUGUGAAGAGCUACUAAAGGCUUCAAAAUGUGCAUAAAUUGUUUCUGAGGUGUGUAGUGUCACAAAUAGCUGAUUCAGCUCUGCUAAGAUUUAUUCCACUGAUAAAGGUAUCUUUUUAACAAAGCAUUAUAGAAGCAAGAGUUGAAAUAUUAGACUAUUAAGCUGCUGUUGRAAUUAAUAUUUGUAUCUAUACAUAUUUUAUUUAUGACUUAUUUAUACAAAAAAGGGACUUCUGUUUUGUGACUUCUCUGUAUCACCUCAGGAUGAUAUAUAUUGGGAGAUGGAUCCUAAUCUCAGUUAUAUCGGUAUAAAUUUACAUUAACUGUAAGUAAGUGAGAGCAGAUUCUGCUUCUUUAAAUAACUGAUGAAUAAUAUGGUAUAAUGGUGCCUGCUAGCACCUUGCUCCAUAAGGUUGCUAGUGUUUGCAUUGUAAGUUUUCGGGGGUUUUUUUGGUAUUCAUUUAGGGAUAAACUUGGUAUAUAAAGUCUGCUGUAGAGCACUUUAAACAAAUGGCUUACUGUUUUUGAUUUACAGAAGUGUUAAAUAAAUGUACAGGGCUUUUU